UCCUGCAGCUCCUCCAGCGGUCCGUACAGCAGGCUGCACUGGUUCCCAGUCAUCCUGGUGCUGGAGAACAUCUCUCACUGGAAGGCUCCCAGUGCCACACUGGUGAGUCUCGUGUCACAGCUUUGGCCUCUUGCGAAGACAUAAAAGCAGCAGAGCUUCAAGGUCCAGACCCAGAAGCACACAGAGAGGGCGACUGGAAGGUCCCAGAUGCAUGAUGGCAGUGUCUGAGGUGAAUCUGGAUGACUACAGUGUUUAUAGCCACCUGUCUGAUGAGGAGCUGGUGCAGAUCGCUGUGGAAAGAAGCCUCUGUGAGAAACUCCAUGAGGACCCAUUACCAUCCACUGUCCCGUUUGAGCCCAUUGGAUUGGACCCAGACUGGAGACGUCCUGACCCCCUAAGACACAGGGCCUAUGACCCUUCAUCCAGACCUCCUCCUUUAGACCUUCCCUGUGUACAUCAAUGUGUAAAACCCCCCAAUAGCUUGUCCCAGUUCCUCUACGAAGCCCCCAGAAGUCAGUUGAGUCCUCUGCAGUCACUGAUUAUAAAUGGAGAUGCAGCGGCUCUGAUGGCUUUGGUCCGACAAAGUUUUGGUGGUCUGAUGGAGCCAGAUAACGAAGGCUGGAUAGCUCUUCAUGAAGCGUCUUUUUACGGUCAGCUGCAAUGUCUUGCAAUCCUCAUCAAAGCUUAUCCCGACUCGGUGAACAGAUGUACUUUAAAAAGUCAGACCGCUCUGCUGCUGGCAGCAGGUCGAGGAAACGUUUCCUGUGUUGACUUCCUCCUGAAGAACGGAGCCAGUCCAAACAUCUUCAACAAGGAACGCGAGACGCCGCUGUUCGCAGCCUGUGAGAACCCGAGUGAAGACAUUGUAGCCCUGUUGCUGAGAUCUGGAGCUCAGGUGAAUCGCUGCAGCCUUCAGGGAACCAGUGCUCUUCAUGAAGCCUGCAGGCAUGGACAACUAAAGCUCUGCAGAUUGCUGCUGGAGGCUGGAGGAGAUCUCCGCAUCAAAAAUAUUUACGGUAUCCAAUCGUUCUUCAUCGCUGCUCAGCACGGACACACCGACAUCAUCAAACUGCUCGCUGGAGAAGGUGCAGAUAUAAAUGAACAGGCAGGAGAUGGAGCUUCACCGCUUUUUGAAGCCUGCAAGAACGGCCAUGUUUGUGGUGUCAAUGCCCUUCUGAUUCUGAAAGCUGACGCUAACCUAUCCAUGAAGUCGGGCUUGCUUCCUCUCCAUGUGGCCAUUCAGAAAAAACAUUCACGAAUUGUGUCACUUCUGAUUCCAGUGACCAGUCGGGUCAGAAUCCAGCACAGCGGCAUCAGUCCUCUGCACAUUGCCGCAGAGAACAACAGUGAUGACAUCAUGGAGCUGCUGAUCAAGUCCGGCUUCGAUGUGAACAGUAAGCUGUCGGAGGACCGCUCCAAGAUGUACAAAGACCGCCGUAGUACACCGCUCUACUUCUCCGUGUACAACGGCAACCUGCAGGCUACCAAGAUGCUGCUGGAGGCCGGAGCGGACCCCAACCUGGACGUCUUCAACGCGCUGCUCAUCGCUGUGCAGCUGGGCCGGAUGGACAUGGCGGUGCUGCUACUGAAGUACGGCGCCAACGUCAACGCUCAGAUAUCCCCGCAACUGUCCUGGUUCCCGGCCGCUCUCCUGCUGAAAAUCGAGUCUUUGCCCAUGUUCAAGCUUCUGCUGGAUAACGGCUGCGAUGCCCAGCCCUGCUUCAACUGUCCGUAUGGACAGAAGAGUCAUCCAGCUCUGAGUCCAGCACUCCGUCCCAUUGAGGAGAUGCGUCACAGCAGAGAAGCACCGCCGCCGAGCUGCCUUCAUUUUUGUGAGGCGGUGUCCAGCUCCUCCUUCUGCCUGGCAGCAGGUCCGAUUAUCUCGCUGCUCUUGGAUUACGUCAGUCACGUCUGUCUCUGCUCUCGGCUGCUGGAGGUUCUGGAGAGUCGCAGCGACUGGGUGGACAUCAGGCUGAAAGCUCUUCCUCCACACCCUCUGAUGCAGCUCUGCAGGUUGGAGAUCAGACGUUUGGUCGGAGUUCAAAGACUCAAACUGAUCUGCACCCUGCCACUUCCGACGAGACUCAUCUGUUUUUUGAACCAUAAUACAACUCCUCACUCACCUGAGGUCCCCCUAUUUUGAGGUUGAUGCAACACAAAGUCACUUGGAGAUACAUAUCUAGUGUUAGGGUUAUAUAUAUGAAACUCCGCCAAUUAUUUUAUCGUACGCUAAUGCAUUUAAAAAAAAAAUUACUAUUCCCGGGCAAAAAUGUAAAAGCCAUGGGUUUAAAGUGUAAUGUACGUUGCUUUGGAUAAAAGCGUCAGCUAAAUGACCUGUAAUGUAAU